AUGGCCGCGCCACAAGUCCACCAUCUCUUCCAUGCCCCAAUUGCUGACCAUUCGUUCUCCUCUGAUAAGCAGACGCUUGCAGUCGCUCGGGAGAACAAUGUAGAGCUGUACCAAGCGUCAGGCAGCAAGUUCACGCUGAGCGAUGAGCUAAAGGGCCACGAGAAGACCGUGACUAGCGUUGAUAUUGCUCCGAACAGUGGUCGCAUUGUUACCUGUUCACAGGACCGGAAUGCCUACGUUUGGGAACAGACCCCUUCUGGCUGGAAGCCCACCCUAGUUCUCCUUCGAAUUAACCGAGCUGCUACCUUUGUGCGAUGGUCGCCCUCCGAGCAGAAAUUCGCCGUCGGUUCCGGAGCUCGCGUGAUUGCCGUCUGCUACUUCGAAGAGGAGAACGAUUGGUGGAUCUCGAAGCACCUGAAGAAACCCAUCCGGAGUACCAUCACCACCCUGGCAUGGCACCCGAACUCGGUGUUGCUGGCUGCUGGCUCUACCGAUUCCCAUGCGCGCGUGUUCUCGAGUUUCAUUAAGGGAAUUGACCAACGCCCCGAGCCGAGUGCUUGGGGCGAGCGUCUUCCAUUCAACACAAUUUGUGGUGAAUACCUGAAUGACUCCGCUGGCUGGAUCCAGGGUGUCUGCUUUUCGCCGAGUGGCAAUGCUCUCGCCUUCACCGGACAUGACAGCAGCGUCACUGUUGUGUACCCGAGCGCCCCAGAACAGCCACCCCGGGCGAUGCUGAACAUCUCUACCCGUUUGCUGCCGCUUAACAGCCUCAUUUGGAAUGGAGAGAACGAGAUCAUUGCUGCUGGCCAUGACUGUGAACCUUUCCGCUUCCAAGGCGAUGAGAACGGUUGGCAACUCACUGGCUCUCUUGAGAAAAAGACCGGUGCAGGAGCCGCGGGCGCUCGCGAGGAAUCCGCCCUUAAUAUGUUCCGACAGAUGGACCUGAAGGGUCAAACUCAAGCAGACACCAAGCUUAGCUCGACCCACCAGAACACUGUGAAUACUGUCCGUGUCUUCGAGGAAGCCAACGGCCAGGUGCGCUCUUUCAGCACGAGUGGCGUUGAUGGUCGUGUUGUUGUUUGGUCCACCUGA